AUGAUUUGGUAUGUGGCCACUUUGAUAGCAAGUGUAUUCAGCACCCGAGGAACGGCCGCUCAAGGUGCCCACGGAGUGCGAGAGGAGCCCCAGUUUGUGACAGCUCGAGCAGGAGAGAACGUCAUCCUGGGAUGCGACGUGUCCCACCCCCUGAACGGCCAGCCCUAUGUGGUGGAGUGGUUCAAAUAUGGAAUGCCAAUCCCCUUCUUCAUCAACUUUCGCUUCUACCCUCCUCAUGUGGACCCGGAGUAUGCAGGCCGGGCCAGCCUGCAUGGCAAGUCCUCCCUGCGGAUAGACAAUGUGCGCUCAGACGACCAGGGCUGGUAUGAGUGUAAGGUGCUGAUGCUGGAGCAGCAGUAUGACACCUUCCACAAUGGCAGCUGGGUGCAUCUAACCGUCAACGCUCCCCCCACGUUCACAGACACACCACCUCAGUAUGUCGAGGCCAAGGAGGGGGGAAGCAUCACUUUGACCUGCACGGCAUUCGGAAACCCCAAACCCUCGGUCAGCUGGUUGCGGGAAGGCAGCCUCAUGGUCAGCAGUGCCAAGUAUAAGGUGUCUGAUGGGAGUCUGACGGUGCUAUCCAUCACACGGGAGGAUCGGGGGGCCUACACGUGUCGAGCCUUCAGCCCCCAGGGAGAGGCCAUCCACACCACACGGCUGCUAGUACAAGGCCCUCCGUUUAUCGUGUCUCCUCCAGAAAACAUCACAGUGAACAUCUCGCAGGACGCCUUCUUCACCUGCCAGGCAGAGGCCUACCCCCGUAACCUGACCUACACCUGGUUCUGGGAGGAGGACAACGUCUUCUUCAAGAAUGACCUGAAGCGCAGAGUCAGUAUUCUUAUUGACGGCUCCCUCAUCAUUGCCCAAGUGAAGCCAGAGGAUGCUGGGAAAUAUACAUGUGCCCCAAGCAACAGCCUGGGCCGACCACCGACUGCCUCUGCCUACCUAACAGUGCAAUAUCCUGCCCGCGUGGUAAACAUGCCAUCCGUCAUCUAUGUGGCCAUCGGUCUGCCCGGCUUCAUCCGCUGUCCUGUAGAUGCAAACCCCCCACUCACUCUGGUGAAGUGGAAGAAAGAUGGCCUCCCUCUUCGGAUAGACAAGUACCCUGGUUGGAGCCAAAUGGAGGAUGGGAGCAUCCGUGUGGCAGAGGUGACAGAGGACUCCCUCGGCACCUAUACCUGCAUGCCUUAUAAUGCCCUGGGUUCCAUGGGAUGGUCCCCUCCUGCUCCCCUGGUGCUAAAGGACCCUCCCAAAUUCUCAGUGGUUCCUGGAGGGGAGUACAGACAGGAGGCUGGGAGAGAGCUGGUCAUCCCCUGUGAGGCGGAGGGAGACCCCUUCCCCAACAUUACAUGGAGGAAGGUUGGGAAGCCCAGUAAAAGCAAGCACAAUGUUCUGCCCCGAGGCAGCUUACAGUUCAAGUCACUCACAAAAGAGGACCACGGGGAGUGGGAGUGUGUCGCCACCAACGUUGCCACGAGCAUCACUGCCAGCACGCACGUCCAAGUCAUAGGCACAAGCCCCCACGCCCCCAUCAGUGUCCAUGUGGUGGCAUCCUCCACCUGGGCCAAUGUGUCCUGGGAAGUGGGCUAUGACGGAGGCUACCAGCAGACAUUCUCAGUCUGGUACGGCCAUGUGCUGAAGAGGGAGCGUUUAGGUCCACAUGACUGGCUCUCUGCACCCGUGCCUGGAGGCCACGACUGGAUGGUGGUGCCCGGCUUGGAGCCAGAGACAACAUACCAGUUCAGCGUUCUGGCCACGAACAAGCUUGGCACAGGCCCCUUCAGCGAGGUUGUCACUGUGAACACACUAGUAUUUCCUAUAAGUACCCCUGAACCAUUGGUGCUGCUUACCCCACCACGGUGCCUCACAGCCAAUCGCACGCAGCAGGGAGUCCUGCUCACCUGGAUCCCGCCUGCCAAUCACACAGCACCUAUCCAGCAUUAUGUCAUGGAGUUUCGCCUGGGGGAGAGAUGGGAGGUUUUGGACGACAGCAUUCCAGCCGGGGAGACGGAGCUGCUCGCCCGAGACCUCAUCCAGGAGGCCUGGUACGAGUUCCGUGUCAUGGCAAUCAUGGAUGACACGAUCAGCGAACCCAGUAAUGUAGUGGGAGUGUCCAGCACAGACUUCUUCCCUCCUCCAGAGAUGGUGGAGGAACGUGGACUGGCGCGUCCUGUGGUGGCCGGUAUUGUGGCCACCAUCUGUUUCCUGGCAGCAGCCGUCCUGUUUAGCACGAUGGCAGCCUGCUUCGUCAACAAGCAGCGCCGACGGAAACUGAAGAGGAAAAGAGAUCCUCCCCUCUCCAUAACCCACUGCAGAAAAAGCAUGGAAACUCCGUCAUCUUCCGGAAAGGUGAGCCCAGAGAGCAUUCGUUCGAAGGCAUCCCCAUCAGACUCCUCUGAAGAUAGUCACGACCAGCGUGGGAAGAAACCACCCCCAAGUCCAGGGAAGAAGGAGGAAAUGUCUUUAUACAUGAAGACUAAAAGAGCAAUAACAAGCAAGAAGUAUGGCAACUCUAAACAUGAAGCUGAAGCAACAACACCCAUUGAACUUAUAAGCCGAGGCCCGGAUGGACGGUUUGUCAUAGAUCCCACUGACAUAGAAAUGUCUAUUAAGCCCCGGCGCAUUGAAGGCUUCCCUUUCGUGGAGGAAUCUGACCUCUACCCCGAAUUCCGACAGUCAGACGAAGAGAAUGAUGACCCCAGGCCACUACCGCCAGUUAUGCCCCCUCUUCGGCCUCACCAGAUAUCCCCCAUCUCCAGUCAGGAAUCCUACCUGCAACCUCCAGCCUACAGCCCUCGGUUCCACAGGCCCUUCGAAGGUAUGACCAUCAUGGAGAGCAGUCGGCUCCAGGCCACAGGGCAGAUCCGAGGCUCUCUCCACCACAGGGCUUUCUAUGGAUAUCUAGGCCCUCCUGGGGAUCAUGAUCCACCACCUCCCUUCUACAUGCCUGAUACCAGCCCACUCAGCUCUGUCAUGUCCUCUCCUCCUUACCUUGCUGAAGGUCCCUUUGGUCACCCAAUGAUUCCUGAAGAAAUGGGGGAGGGUGAUUUCCCACAAUAUUCUGUCUCUGGUUUCCCACUUCCUCUGACUCUCACCUCUUCCUCUCGUUCACCGGAGAUCUGGCAGGGACUGGACUUCACAUUUGCAAGUUUGGAGGGGCCCCAAUUCAUUUUUCCACCACAUCACCCUCUACAUCUCCGCCACGACUCUCCUUAUCCUCCUCCACCUCAUGUACUUCCCCUUAGUGCUUUUCAGCCCUCCCCCCUUCCAAUGCCUACUUACCCAGCUGUCCUACCACUGGCCCCAAGGAGCCAUUCAAGCAAGUCCCCCAGCAAGGCCAAGCCUCAUGGCUCCCCAGCCAAGCAUUUUACUAUGCAAGAGGCACAUAUAGGGCAGCUAAGACACACAAGCCACGGUAUGGGUGUGCCGGUUUUGCCUUACACCGAUCCAAUGGCUCAUAUUGUCCCUAGCACAUUUAGUAGCCUGGACACACGAUGGUUUGAAACCACCCCCCGUUUCAGUCCCAGACAGGCUCGUAGGAUGGAUUCCAGCUUGCAUCAGGUGGUUCUCCAGCCCUCUCGACUCUCACCUCUCACCCAAAGCCCCCUUAGUUCACAUGAGGGUUCCCCAGAGAUUGUAGUACGUCCCCGGCCUCGUCCAAGUAUUGUCCAUCCUCCCAUACCCCCAGAGAUGUCUGAAAUUACCCUCCUCCCCCCUUCCGCAGCCAGCUUCUCAAGGAGAUCUUCCCCCUCUUCCUCACCUGCACUAGGCCAUGGUAGCAGGAGGGCCAGUCCUAGCUACCGUUCCCACAUGGCCUUUGCCACCUCUGCAACCAGCUACCCAGCCUCCCAGUCCCCAUCACCCCCCAUGGAAAGCAGCAACAUGUUUGGGCAGAUGCCAUCUCAGAGAAGGACUGAGGAGGAGAUCCUUCCAUCCCAGCCCUCUCCACCCCAGUUGUCACCUUCAGGAAAGCGUCGAGGUGCGCCGAGUGCCCUUUCGGGGUCUGAGAGGAUUGAUGCACUGAGAUACCAACGUAUUAAAAAGGCCAAGAAGAUGAUGAUGAACAACAAUAACUCCAAGACCAGAAAGAAAGCAGGUGUCUCCACCUCUCAGACCCAGCAGGCCUACACCUCUCAGGUACUCCAGCCCGAAGAAGCUCUCUACCUCCGCAAGAAGAAGAAACGGCCCAUCCUCCAUGACCCAUACACUCGCUUUUCUGCUCUGCUGUACCGCCGCCCGAUCCGUGAGGACCAGAAGGCUAUUUUGGCCAGCAUGGACAACAUAGACCUGGACCAUGCCACACUCCUUUAAAAAGCCCUCGAGGACAAGGUCACAACCAUGCAAUACUCCCCCUCAUUAAAAAGAAAUAAAUUAGCUGCACUGCAGAUGGAAAAAUAAAACACUUUUAACAAAUGUACUUUAAAGGGAGUAGCACUAACUUUCAGCAUUCAGAAUUGAUUUAUGGCUGCACCUUUGGUCAGUUAAAUCUGCAUUAGUAAGCACUCUGCCUUGUUCUCACGCUAAUCUGUGAUAACGAGAAUCAUCAGAAACCAGAUCAAGAACCCACAAGAAUGAACUUCAGUGACCAAACUUCUUUUGUUCAUUCAAAAGGUACAGACUAGCGAUUUUCCCCAAUCUAAUGUCAAAGAUGAAGUAGCAUUGGUGAUUAAAUGGCAUCACAAAUGUGCAUCUAAGGCUUGCCCUUGAAAGAAAUUUGGAUUAUUUUCAUCAUCUUGUUACUGGGGAGCCUGAAUGCACAAGACAGAUCUGUGUAUGUUUAAAUCAGGUAGUAUUCCCUUUAUAAAACACAUUAAUGAAAAUCUUAGUGAUAAAAAUCCAACUGAUAGCUGCCACUGUUGUCCAAAGUUUUACUCCAGUGCAAAACAAUUCCAAUAGAGGCAAUACAUGACUACCGCCGCCAUCUUUUAAUCAAAAAAUUCCAAGUUGUCCCACCCAAGUUAAGUCCACGGUCGGUAACUUGAACGGCUUCUCCAGGCUUUGAUCAUGAUUCUUGUGCUGAGCCAAUCCCUCCCUCAAAAAAAACCCCCGUGGGUCUCCGUUUACAGCACCUUCCACGGGAUCCUCUCCGCCAGCAACGUCUCUUUUCUGCCGAGAAACAUGCCUCACAAUCAUGGGUGUUCUCACUUCUUACCAAGUAUACCUCAGAGCACAGGACACGAGAUCACACAACCACCAGGAUCAGCCAGCAGAACAAACUAGCCUUCUUCACCUAUUUUAGUCUUUAUUGGCUCACUUCUCUCACAAUUACUUGCUCUUGAUUCUCGUUUGUUGGGUUUAUCUAAUUAGUUUUUAUUGUAGAAUAAUCAUUUGUUCAUGUCGGUUUAGAAAUACACCCCUAUUCAUCAUUUCUGCUCCUUCAUCAAUGAUCAGGAAGUUGAAUUGUCAUUUUAAGAAUGUUUUACAAAAUCAAACACAACCCCAGUUUCUCUACUCGGCCUACAGAAAACAAUAUCUAUCUUUUGACUUUGCCUAAUUCAUACUGUACAUCAGCAUUUCAUUCACUAUGACCACCAUUACCAGGCACAAUAAAAAGUUGUUAUGCACUUACUUUCACAAGACAUCACAUAAAUGCUCCAAUUAUCUUUAGCUUUUCAUAUCUUAUUACAGUUUGCACUGGAGCAAAAUCUUGUCCAUGUCAUCAGAUCCUCUCCUGUACUUCUUCUUUAGGUUAGUGUAGAGGGUUCAGAAAGAAAUAUAGUUAUGCCAAAAACAAUUAAAAACAACAACCACUCAUAGUGGAGGAUAAGAGUUUGUGCCAUAGUGAGUGAUAGAACUUUUUCAUACUAGCGGGCAUAUAAAAAAUAUCAGCUUUGUUUGGCCUUAAUGGAUUUUCUAGUUGGUUGCCAGCAUCACUUUUGUCUGAUUUUUAUUACGAUUAGAGUUUUUAUUUGUCUUUGUUUGUGUUUGCAUGUGUUUUGGACAUUAUCCUUUCACAGCCUUUGUAUUUUGUCUCUCUAUGUGUUGGUCAUUUAAAAUGGAAAUUCUUAGAGUACUGUCAUCCCUAAAGAAUAUACUACGAGGAAGUGAAGGCAACGCAGAGUAAGCAAAAUGAUUUUGGUCAUUGAGAUGAUAAAGUUCGUCUGUCCGCCUGGCAUGAAAAUGUGGUGACUGGGGGCUUUAAAUGUUAUCAGUGAAGAAAGUGCCAUAACAUUAAAGACACAACUAAACACACUUUUUACUUCUUAGAUCAGCAAAGGAAGGGUGUGAGCUCCAACAGUUCUAGCUUCUCUUGUCCUUUUUUUUCAGUUUCUCUCAGUUCUGCUCAAAAGGUGCUCAGUUUCUGCAGAGGAUGCAUUCACUCACAUAUCUUUGGCUCCUGAUACCACAUGAAAGCAGCGUGUCCUGCUGAAAUGUGAUUAGAGGGAUAUACACAGGUUUCUAUCUUUGUAUUUAUUUAUGUAAUACUGUAAUUGUAAUUUUGAGCAAACGCAACUCCAACACUGUCUUCUAAAAUCAGCUACAAUUGACCACUUAGUGGUUUUAUUAAGAUAUUUCCACCUCAAAUGCCAGCACAAGGACAAAGUCACAAUUCUGCUCUGAAGACAAACCCCUACUUUCAAAAGCUGCAUUUAAAAGUACAGAGGAAUGAGGAAGAGACAUGCAUCAUUUACAAUUACAUAUUCAACAUAAAAGGGAAAACUAACUGUAUGUCUCAAGUGGAAUCAUGAAGCAUGAACAGACAUGCAAAAAUAUUUUGACACAACUUUAUCCUGCAUAACACAAAAAGUAGAGAAGUAAAGAGUAAAUAAGUGCAUCAUAUAUUAAAGCAUCUUAAAAAACAGCCAAUUAAGUUUGAAACUUAUGUGCCUUUAUUUAAUGUGUAGGUAAGUAUCCAAGGCUGAAGCAUCUGUUAACAACAAUCGAUGUCGUUUAUAUAACUCUGAAAAACAAAACGAUAACAUAAAUAGCAUUUAAAAAAUAUGAUAAUGGGCGAACACAUAAAAUAUAAACUAAUGAAAAACUAAUUAAAAAAACUGAAAGAAAUAAAGAAGAAAUAAGGCAUCAAAAAAGAAAUCAAAAUAUUUUUAAAUAUUUGAAUAUAAACUUGGUGAUUUACUGAUGUAUAAUUGACCCUUCACAUCUUCCAGUGUUAUGGUGCUCUGAAGUCACAAACUACAGAGUCUUACCGUCCUGCCUUAAUCAAAACAGAUUCUGUAUAGCAAUCCCUAGAACACCUUUUGUAGAUUCAGGCUUUCAGUAACUCAAUCUGUGUCAGACACAGCCCUAAGAUGCCCCAGAAACCCCACACAAGAGGGCUGUGGUGGUAGAAUCAUCUGCAGUCUUUACACACUAUAUGAUGGGCCGCAACCAAGUCUUUGUGCUCUGAAGUCUUACCUCUGAAUUCUAUAUUUGAAUUCACCCGAGAACAUCUCUCCAUGUAUUCAGAGUCACAGGCUGCUCCAGGCUGGCUCAGACCUCCAAAUCCCCCCUGCAGUGUUGCCCUACACAGCCCAACACUCACCACUCUCAGUGCAUAAUUGAAAUGCUUAAAAUUAAUAAAUGAUUAAUUAAAAUACAUCCGGUUAUUUUAUUAAAACUAAUUUAAAUAUUAUAUUACAGUUCCAAAGACAAACGUUAAAAAAAAAAGGCUGAACCCAAAUCAGAAUUAGUUAAACAUCAAACUCUUGGCAGAGUCCCUGACCAAACACCCUGGCUUUCUGCCAGACAUUAAAACCAAUAAACCAUCUACUUUCUCUGAAUGGAAAAACACUUCACCUGUGAUUUGAGUAUAUCAAAGAAAUAAGCUGAGCAAAAGUUAGUUGCAACUCAGCUCGAGCCCCCAAAGUCCUGCUGAUGCGCUUCUGAAAAACACUUGAUUUAAAUGCUUUGUAUUAGUUUUCAGUCCAGCAUCCUUUUGAUCCAGAGAGAAGUAGACCUCUGCCCAUAAUUCAGAUCCUUCUGAAUAAUAAACUCUGAAGGAAUCAGAACUAUAAACCAAAACAGGCCCCUGGCUAGCAGCUAGGUGCAGCACCUCAGUUCUCAGCCCCUCCUGUUCAUUUUGAGACUUGGUGUGUGAAGUUUACAGCCUGUCAUGCUUUCACCUCUGCUUUGCUCUUCAAGGCAGCUAUAAACAAAAGUACAGUAACAGAUUUGACUUACAAAAUGUGUUCUCUACGCUUUUAUCAACUGAUUAUUGGAUUGCUAAUGUUUAGCAACCAGUUUUCACUGGUUUUAAAUAUUGUGUAAAGAGCUGAAAAGUAAUUACUCACCAUAGUUCCUUGGUGGUGGUGGUGGUGUCAAAUAUAGGCUCUUCUUGCAGUCUAAGGUGCUUAGCUACCCAUGAAGUAAUGCUGUGCUUCAGAGUGGUUCUUCUACAUAAAUGAGAAUGAGAAAUGCCACUUCCAUUUUCAGAGCCAUAAAAUUGCUGUUUACUGUAUUUGGAGGACAUGAGUCAAAGCUGCACGGCUACAUGUAUUGUGGUGAGAGGGCGCUUGUUGGAGUCGUGGUUUGAUUCAAAAUCACACUGAAAGAGAAACAAGGAGCUCUUCUGUCAUGAAAGCCUUUUUAUGCUGUUCAUAGAGAGGUUUACAAAAAGAAGAGCUCCAUGGAUUCCUUUCUAAAGGAUGUUGUGUUUUUUGUUUUGGUUUAACACUGCAGAACUUCUGAUGUUUGUGUUGCUGUGGGUCUGCUCGGGUCCUUUUAAGGGAGCUCUGUGAACUGGGUUGGGUGGAGACAGAAAUCAUUGCAUUAAACACUGUAUGAAAGACAAAGUAAAUCUAUUGAAUGGACGGAGUGAUUUCCAUCACUUAAACAUGAAUUGCCCCAUGUAGACUUUGAUGAAUAUAUUAACAUGACUUAUGAGAUAUUUGCAAGAUAGACCCCUAAAGUUGGGAAUCUGACAUUCCUGUAAACAAAAACAGGUGCCAGAAUGUGCUGAACCUUCCUUUAAAGAGUUUAUGAAAUCCAAUAAAAGCUAACAUACCUAUAUUA